CUCUCUCUCUCUCUCUCUCUCUCUCUCAGUUUCUCUUCAAUUUCACUUUAAAUAAUUCACAAAAACAAUUUGAUGAAAUAGAAAAGCAAAGACAACAUAAUAUAAUAUGGGUACUGUCAUUGAUUCCCACUUCCUAGCCCUCACUGCCAUUGUCACUAUUGGCUACCAGUUUCUGUUUUUCGUCGUCACUGCACUUCUCAAAUUCGACAAAGUCACUGAUUUUGCUGGAAGUACAAACUUCGUUAUACUUGCUAUAUUGACCCUGUUGCUCAAAGGUGCCUGGCAUUUUCGACAGGUAGUCCUGACUUUCUUUGUUGUAUUAUGGGGUCUUCGCCUGGGGAUUUUCCUCUUAUUCAGGAUUUUGCAGUGGGGAGAGGAUCGACGCUUUGAUGAAAUGCGUAGUAAUUUGGGUAGAUUGGCCAUAUUUUGGAUAUUUCAGGCUGUCUGGGUGUGGACCGUGAGUUUACCUGUUACACUCGUUAAUGCAAGCAACAGAAAUCCUUUUCUGCAGGCUGUGGAUGUAAUAGGGUGGAUUAUGUGGUCUGUGGGUUUUAUAAUUGAAGGUACAGCAGAUCAACAAAAGCUACGUUUCAAACAAUCUUCCGAAAAUAGAGGGAAGUGGUGCAAUGUUGGACUCUGGAAAUAUUCUCGUCAUCCUAACUAUUUUGGUGAGAUAUUGCUUUGGUGGGGAAUUUUUGUGGCAUCUACGCCUGUAUUGAAGGGUGCUGAAUGGCUGGUAAUCAUUGGUCCAAUCUUUCUGACAUUGUUGCUUCUUUUCAUUAGUGGCAUUCCACUGCUUGAGGAGUCAGCAGAUAAGAAGUUUGGAAAUGUGGAUGGAUAUAGGAUAUACAAACGUAGAACCAGCCCUCUGUUCCCUUUGCCACCAUCAGUCUAUGGAAUCUUACCCUCGUGGUUCAAAACAACUUUUCUCUUUGAAUUUCCGCUCUACAGUCGUAAUCUUCCUCAAGAAGAACUAAUCUGGUGUAGAACAAGCAGGGGGAAAAGCAGUGAUGCCCUGAAAAUUGGCUAGCACUUGAUUCUUUGAACUUGUUUGAUUCCUUUCUCAGUAUAAUUUAUAAUGGUACUUCACACUGAAGUUGCAGCUGCCAUUGUCGCGUACCAUGGUUAGCGAUGUUGUUAGGGGUUCGUUCCGGGUGCCUUGUAAUGCUGUUGCAGCUUUUCUUUUACUUUUUAUCCAUUUGGUUGUUCUCUUAUUAAUAUACACAUACGAUAUGUUGUAAGUACUAUGGUUUGUGCAGGUAACUGAUGGAGCACCAUGUCUGUUUCUCAUAUUAUUUCUUCUAUUGCAAUUAUCAAUUUAGACAGGCAGCAUGCCAGCAUCAGC